CAAACGCACGUCCUCUGCAGGAGCAACGAUUGUCUUCUAUAUUCCGCUCUGACUCGGAAGCGCCAGUUGUACCCUCGUGAUCGAGAGAUGCAAAACCGCGUUUGCACUGAGAUGGCGAGGCUGCUUUGCUAGGUAAGCAUCUCGCUCCGAGUAAGACAACGCGCCCUACCUGCCAUAGCCUUCUGUCCUCUGGCGAGCCGUCCAGGAUUUGCAUCAAAACUCCACCCUGCAGCGGCUCCCCUUAGUCCAGUUCCACAGAAGGGCCCCCUCGGGCAGAGCGCGGAAAGACCCGAAGGCUCACGCUCCCAUCAUCCGACCGCGCCUCUGAAGUACCGCCGCUCUCACCCCUCCCUCCUGCACAUGCGUGGGAGAACACACCCUCUUGGACAUGCGCAGUAAACUGACCCAUAGCUAGCACCCCUAUACGCUAUGAGACAAACCAAAAGAGUCACACAACCGAAGUCUGAAGACGGGACUUUCUGCCAAUUUUUGACAGCGCACCAAUUCGUCGGAAGGGACAGCUAGUACUCGUGGAAAACGGUGAAGAAACUCAGAAUUUUAUUGUUGCUGGAAUUGGCUAGCCCCCCACAAAGCCGAAAAGACAGGAAUUCUUAUUCUAACUUCUGUUUUAAUUAAUGUGAAAAACGAGGUCGACCCAUUUUAUCAAAGUCACCUUUCCGAAGAAAAUAAAAGCUCAGUCCAUCCUUAUUAUCCUUAACGUCACAGAUGGGGGGUGGAGUGAGCGGCUGUUACAGUAAUCCUGCGUGACGUGUCCGUGAGCUGCGGGGGCAGUGGCAGACCCCCAACCUUUGGUCCCCUCUGCGUGGCAGCGUCCCGCACCGCCGCUCCGCCGACACCGGAUGGAGAAAUCUGAGUGUGAACGUUGUUGGGUUAUAACCAUCCCUGUUACACGAAUAUUUGGGGGACGGGUGGAGGUAGGCGAAGAGGAUGAAAAAGUGUACAAGAACCCUUCAGUGUAGUCCACUGCUAGCCAGCAUCUCGGCAUUUUAAGGAAAGAAGAAAAUGAAAACGCCUGCGGGGAAGGCGCUGGCUGCGAUGUUGAUCUCAGCAAAGCAGGGGCGGGAUGUUAUCGCUUUCCCUGAAGUCUAUAAGUUUGCCAUCAAAAUUGCACUACCCCAGCACAGCAGCCUUCCUACCCGCACGUAAGAAACGGGAAUAUUUCUUGGAGGAAGGACAAUUUUGAUGCAAAAGCAGUCUGCAGAAAAGGGAUUAAUUUCCCCCAUUCCAAGCACUUCAGAUACAGUUAACUUCCCAGCACCCACCUCAUUAAAAAAAACUGAACCUCGAUUGCAAACUGAUUAACUGAAGUGCUCGAAAACCGCCUUGUUACUCCCACGUUAAUACGGAAACCGAGCAGAACUAUUUCCCCUUUAUUAAGUCUACGAGCAAAAUUAAAUUAACCACAGAGGUAAAAGAAAAAAACGAAAAGAAGCAUCUCGCUGUUUUCCUAGAGGGCAUUUCCUGGGUCUCACAAGGAAGUGAGAGUUGUAGCAGAAAUCCAGACGUUUAACGCAGCGAAUUCCAUAGUCGGUGUGACGAAGCUCCAAGUUCUGUCCUGAAUGCAACUUCAAUGGGGAGAAGAGCUGCUCUGAGUUCAAGGAAAUGCAAGCGCUGCCUAAGAGUAGCGAACCUGCGUGCAUUUGCAACCCUACGAAUACGAGGCGCAAGAGAGCCGCUGCGCUUCCCUGGACUGCGCGGGGAACCCUCCCGGCCCGGCGCCUUCGAGCGGCGAAGCGUCACUCGCCGCCCCGCCCUGCAGCGGCCGCGGCGUCCCUGCCCGCCUUCCUUUUCCAUCCUCUUCCAGAAGCGGCGGCAGCCAAGGCCCGCCCACCGCUGCCGGCUGCCGAAGUUUGCUGAAGUGGCUCCGAGCGGCUCCCGUAAAGGACUGAGCGGGGCUGGAAAGCGCCAUGAAACCCGACGGCAAAGUGGUGCUGCUGGGCGACAUGAACGUGGGCAAGACGUCGUUGCUUCACCGGUAUAUGGAGCGGCGCUUCCAGGACACCGUCAGUACUGUCGGUGGGGCUUUCUACCUGCAGCAGUGGGGCCCCCACAACAUCUCCGUCUGGGACACCGCAGGUCGUGAGCAAUUUCAUGGACUUGGAUCUAUGUACUGCCGAGCAGCAGAAGCUGUUAUCCUCACCUAUGAUGUAACCAACUUGCAGAGCAUCAUGGAACUUGAGGAUCGGUUCCUGGUAUUGACAGAUACUGCCAGUACAGACUGUAUCUUUGCUAUUGUUGGGAACAAAGUGGAUCUCACAGAUGCUUGUGCCCUUCUUCCAGAAAUGGAAGGUGAAUGUCAAAUUGAGCAGCCCAUCAACAGUCUAAUUUCUACCAAGAUAAAGAAACAAGUCCAUAUGGAUGAUGCCAUAGCACUUUAUAAGAAGAUUCUAAAAUACAAAAUGUUGGAUGAGAAGAAUGCUCCAGCAGCAGAAAAAAUGUGUUUUGAAACUAGUGCAAAAACGGGGUAUAAAGUGGAUUGUGUGUUUGAAACGGUAUUUGAGAUGGUGGUACCAGUAAUUUUGCAGGAGAAAGCUGAACGGUCACUACAAACUGUGGAUUUAAAUAAUUUCAAGACAGCAAAAAACACACAGUCCAGCUGCUGCAGAUAAAUAACAUAUGCAAGGCUACAAUUAAAAAACAUAAAGAUCAAC